AUGCGCGUCCAACAUACCUACCCUCUCACGCUCCCGCAAAAGCAUGCAUUCGCAAAAGCAAUCACAGAGCUGCACAGCACCACCUUCCUCACGCCAUCUCUCUUCGUCAACGUCAGUUUCCACCUCCUCCAACCACGCAACGAGGAGAACGUGUAUUUCCUCGCCGGCGAGCCUGUGGCCCACAACAACGCCGGACCAAAUCGACUUCUGGCCAUGGUGAGGACGGGUCCCAAACGGACAAAGGCAACCUGGGAUGACCUGGCAGCGAAACUAGAGGAGAGAUGGUACGACAUCGUCAAUGACGAGAAGCUAAACGGCCAUCGAACCGGCGAUGCGAACGCAGACAGAGCGGCAAAGAAGAUGCACCUCAUCACCUUUUAUCCCAUGCUCGCGGCGAGGGAGAACGGGGUCACCAUCCCGGACGCUGGCAGCGAAUCCUCCUGGCUGAGCGAGAACAUGCCGUUCUUCAAAUCCCAGGCUUUCGAGCACGGGGACGAGGAUUUCCGCAAGAUGAUCGACGAGAUCGACACGAGGGAAGAUCUGAAGGCCAUGGUGAAGAAUACUUAA